CACCGGCGCCUGGGGAUGGGGCUGAGAGCCGCACUCUCGGUGCUGGGGUUGGGGCUGGUGUUGUUGGGGGUCGGGGUUGAAGGGGGUUGUGUGGAUUUGGGAAACUGUUGCAAGGGAAGAGAAUCACGAUGUCACACCACUGGCUGGCGGCCCGACCGCUCCUACGGUACCUGCUACUGUGACCAGGCUUGUCGACAUACCCUGGACUGCUGCCACGACUAUCCGCUCGCCUGCCCAGCUCAGUCUUGCAAAGUGGCGGAGUGGAGUUACUGGAGCGGCUGUGCGGAGCCGUGCAAAAACACGUAUCGUGUUCGCCGACGGUACACUGUCCAAGAGCCAAAGAAUGGGGGUGAGCCUUGCCCUCCCUUAGAGGAGAGAGCGGGCUGUGUGGAAUAUCGCAACGGCAAGGACAAAAUGUGCAGGCAGUCCCUUGUGCCUGCCUUAAUUACUACGGGGGGAUAUGGAAAAGCACGGAGAAAGAGGGAUGCGUCCUUUGGUGUCCAGGAGCCAGGAUAUUGCGUCGAAUUCCAGGUGAAGUCGUUGACUCAGAAUUGCCUGAUUGAAAACCGUCCCCACGCCAGAUGGAUGCAGUACCUUCGAGAAGGUUUCACCGUGUGCGUGGAGUGUCAGCCACCUGCCCUGAAUUCAGGCUUUCAGCGAUGUUACGGUGAUGGCGGUGAAUUGGAAAGGAAUCAGAUCCUACAGUGGUAUGCCGUUGGUAACCCCCAUUGCAGAGGCACGUGGAAGUGGGUUCGACAGCUGGAAUCCUGCUCUUGUCAUUUAGCCCACAGUUUCUUAUUCAUUUGAAAUAACCCGUCGUAUCCAUGAUCACCUUCUUCCGAUUAACUCCUGCUAAACCCUUCUGCAAAUAUCAGAAGUUUGGAAUAGAGAAGUUCAGUGUGGAAACAGGCCCUUCGGCCCAACUUGCCCACACCGGCCAACAUGUCCCAUCUACACUAGUCCCACCUGCCUACUGUUUGCCCCAUAUCCCUCUAAACCUGUCCUAUCCAUGUACCUAUCUAAAUGUUUCUUAAACCUGCCCCAACUAUCACCUCAGGCAACUUGUUCCAUACACCCGCCACCCUUUGUGUGAAAAAGUUUCCCUUCAGGUUCCUAUUAAAUCUUUCCCCUCUCACCAUAACCCUAUUUCCCCUGGUUCUUGAUUCCCCAACUCUGGGCAUUUACCCGAUUUAUUUUUCUUAUGAUUAUUCAAACUACAUGAAGACUAAAUAUAAGAUAUACUCUGUACACGGCAGUCAGAAUAUGAGGAAAUAAUGUUGUAUUUUCCAAUAUUUCUUGACAAUGGGCUAAAGAAAUACCUCAUUCAACAUUUGAGAAGAUACAUUUAAAAUGAAGUUCAGCUUUUAAACUGAAUAUCUUUAACCACUUUAUAAGUACGUGUAUUCAGAGAUUUUUUAUAGAUUGAAUCUUGAUUAUUGAAGAGUGGUUGAUUUUGUUCUAAUAUGACACCCUAUGUACUUAUUAUGCACAUAUUUAAUAAGCAUAUCCGGUGUAUGUCACCUUUCUGAAUAAAGAAAGAAAAUGUAUUUCCCUGAA